UGAUCGGCCAAGAUGGCGGCGCCCAUGGUGUUCUACCGGGGUCUGGGGUUGCGCUGGCGGGCGCUUCUUUGGGGCGCUUCGGGGCGCUGGGGAAGCCGCUGCGCUUCCUCCGCCGGCUUAAAGAGCCACUUAUACGAGAACGCGCGGGAAGGGUGGAUGGCGUGGCCGCAGCUGAACACGGAGGCGCUGAAGGGGCAGCUGGAGGAAGUUGAACGGGAGAUGCAGAGGCGCAAAGGGCCCCUUGAGCCGGGGAACCUGCGUGAGAUUGUUUCCAUUUGGCAGCGACUAGUGGAAGUGCGGGAAGAGGCUGCCCUAUUGGGAGUGGAGAAAGAGAAGAUUUCUGAAAGUGUGAAGGAGCUUGUGAAUAACCACGACAGCAGCGCUUUGCAGUCGCUCCCUCUUUACAACAUCUUGCGGCAGCAGGGGAGGGAAAUUCGCCACCACCUCAACGCCUUGCGCCAGGAAGAGGCAGAUUUGGAAGAAAAAUACUACCUCCUCGCGCUCAAGCUGCCCAACAGGACCCAUCCUGACGUGCCAGUUGGAGAUGAGAGCCAAGCGCGGGUGAUGGAAACCGUGGGGCCAAAACGAGCUUUUGACUUCGAGCCGAAAGGGCACAUGCAGAUUGGGGAAAAGCUGGAUCUCAUAAGGCAAAGGCGCUUGUCCCACGUCUCUGGAUAUCGGUCGUACUAUUUGCGUGGAGCAGGGGCCCUCCUCCAGCAAGCCCUGGUGCAGUUUACUUUCAACAAGCUGCUGAAAAAGGGCUUCAUCCCAAUGGUGGUUCCAGAUCUGCUGAAGGCAGCCGUGUUUGAAGGCUGUGGCAUGCAACUGGACACCAAGCCCUCCCAGGUGUACAACAUAGACCCUUCCCGUUUCGAAGACCUGAUCCUGGCAGGCACCUCCGAGGUUGGAAUUUCAGGGUAUUUCAUGGACCAUGCUGUGAAUUUGAAAGAUACGCCUGUAAGGACGAUGUGUUGUAGUAGCUGCUACCGAGCGGAAACCGACAACUUCAAGGAACCUUGGGGACUGUACAGAGUCCACCAGUUCACCAAGGUAGAAAUGUUUGGAGUGACUGCCAACGAGUCUGGAUUAGAAAGUGCAGCUUUGUUAGAGGAAUUCCUUACUAUACAGAAGGAGAUUUUCUCUGACCUGGGGCUGCAUUACAGGGUGCUGGAUAUGCCCACCCAGGAGCUGGGCCUUCCUGCCUACCGGAAAUUCGACAUUGAAGCCUGGAUGCCCGGCCGGGGCAAGUACGGAGAGAUCUCCAGCGCCUCUAACUGCACAGACUACCAGAGCCGGCGCUUGAACAUCAUGUACUACAACCAGGAAGGGCAUCUCUCUUACGCCCAUACCGUCAACGGCACAGCCUGCGCCGUUCCUCGGUUGCUCAUUGCCAUCCUAGAGUCCAACCAAUGCAAGGAUGGCAGCGUCCAGGUGCCGGAGGUCCUGCAGCCGCUGAUGAACAUGGAAAAGAUCGAGAAGCCAAGCUACACCCCACUGAAAUACAUCGGCCCAAACCAGCCCAAAAAGUGCUGAUUCGGCCACUGGAACCUUCGGGUCACCCUGGAAAAUCAGGGACCAGUUGAUCCUUAGGGAGACCCCAGUGAAAGCACAGAUACUUCUCCAGGAAGAAGGGUGUAGGGCGUUCUGUGUGUGUCUUUGGGGAGGAGCAUCUGAACGUUGCCAUGAUGUCUUGGCCUUCAGAUGAGACCUAUGUGGCGGUAGAGAGUUGCCACUGUCUCUGCACAUGGGGAGACCCAGUUGGCAAACAUUGACAUCUUUCCUCCGACGAACUCUGUGGAAUCUAAAAGGGUUUGUGAAAGUCUGCGUUCCCACUCUUUCAUGUCGUCUCUGAAACACGACACACCCUUCGUGUGGCCAGGAAUCCUUCCUCGGUCCUGCUUUCCAGACCAUCUCCCUGUCAGUCGGAGUCUGCCUCCCCUUGCUUCUGAGCCUUUUCUUUGCUUUAAAUCCUUGUCACACUUUUGGGGGGUACGGCUUGACUUACUGUCCUUGCGGGCGUUGGUGGCAUAAACUGCUCGGAAUCAGAGAAGACAUUCACACAAUAAAGAUUGCCCGCUGAAAAGCUGGCUUUUGGGGGUGUUGCUGCUUCUCUGAGUGGCGUGAGAAAUUAGGCAGAGCAAUAUACUCAUUGUCAUCUUAGAACUCCAGAGCUGGAAGGGGACCCCCAGGGAUCAUCAGGUCCAGCCCCUGUCAAGGAGGUCCAGUGGGGGAAUUCGAACUUCCAACCUCUCGCUCUGCAGCCUAAUGUUUCAACCACUGGGCUAUACAGCCAGUUGUUCUACCUCCAUUGCUCAGAAAGGUUCUCUUUUGGAUUGUAACUUCCAGAAUCCUAAACUUACUCCCCUGCAUCCUCCCUAACUAUUUUCAGCUUAGUUAACAAUCCUUGCAGUAACAGUGUGAGCUAAUUAUAUGGUGAGCUAAUUUAAUGCAAACUUUGGAGUGUGGGGGGUUGAUCUGCAAUGAACAAUCAAGAAUCAUUGGAUUAACAAAAGACCUGUUCCCAAAACAGGAACAUGCUAGAACUAGGAUUGUUGAUAACUUAUCAAUGAUAAGGAUCGAGAAAGCUGCUUGAUUUUUUUUUAACUCUUUGGAAAUGUAAGUAUAGGGAUCAGGAUGAGCGCUUACUUCCGGGUUUAUCAUGACACCACUGCUUAAUAUAUUUGUUUCAGCUGUAUGCUCCUGGGUUUAGAUAAAAAUGGACUUAGAAAUAAAAGAGGCGGCUUAAACUGAGUGAUCAGCCU